UCAGACUGACUUCAGAUCAGAAGAUGAGUGAUUUGGAGGAAGAGGAGGACGGAGCAGAGUCUGUAGUAUCUGCCUGUCUGUCUAUGAAGAGUAACCGGUCCAAAUAUCCUCCUCCAGACUUCAGUAAUGAACCUGGACCAUCAGACACAAAACUGACUUCAGAUCAGAAGAUGAGUGAUUUGGAGGAAGAGGAGGACGGAGCAGAGUCUGUAGUAUCUGGCUGUCUGUCUAUGAAGAGUGACCGGUCCAAAGGUCUUCCUCUACACUUCAGUAAUGAACCUGGACCCUCAGACACAAAAGAGAGGAAGAGGAGUGAUGUUUUUGAGGAGAGUACUGAAAUCGAUGGUGGUCGUCUGAAACAUAAGAUCAGGCUGAAGGGGACAUUUGAAUAUGUGACUGAAGGAGCUGAAACAGGAAGUAGAACCCUCCUCAACAGUAUCUACAUUGCCCUCUACAUCAUAGAUGGACAGAGUGAAGAGGUUAAUACCCAACAUGAGGUGUGGCAGCUCGAGACAGCUUCCAAGAAGAAGACCCUCCAUGACUCUUCAAUCAAGUGCUGCGACAUCUUUAAAGCCUUACCUGACCAACAGAAACACAUCAGAGUGGUUCUGACGAGCGGCGUCGCUGGCGUUGGAAAAACCUUCUCAGUGCAGAAGUUCUGUCUGGACUGGGCCGAGGGUUUGGAAAACCAAGAUAUCAGUCUGGUGAUUCCUCUUUCCUUCAGGGAGCUGAACUUGAUCAAAGAUGAGCAGUACAGUCUUCUGGAGCUGCUCCGUGUUUUCCAUCCGACAUUACAGGAGGUCCCAGCAGAGCAGCUCGCUGGCUCUAAAGUUCUCUUCAUCUUUGAUGGCCUGGAUGAAAGCAGACUUUCACUGGAUUUCAACAACAAUGAGGCUGUUUCUGAUGCCACACAGAAGUCAUCAGUCAACGUGCUGUUGACAAACCUCAUCCAGGGGAAGUUGCUUCCCUCUGUUCUUGUCUGGAUAACUUCCCGACCUGCAGCAGCCAAUCAGAUCCCUCCUGCGUGUGUUGACAGGGUAACAGAAGUACAAGGCUUCACUGAUGCCCAGAAGGAGGAGUACUUCAGGAAGAGAGUCAGUGAUGAAGAGCUGUCCAGCAGAAUCAUCUCCCACAUCAAGACAUCCAGGAGCCUCCACAUCAUGUGUCUGAUCCCAGUCUUCUGCUGGAUCACUGCUACAGUUCUGGACCACAUGUUGACUACAGACCAGAGAGGAGAGCUGCCCAAGACCCUGACUGACAUGUACUCACACUUCCUGCUGGUUCAGACAAAGAGGAAGAAGCUCAAGUAUGCUGAGGGACAUGAGACGAGUCCACAGGAGCUGUUGGAGGCCGACAGGGAAGUUCUUCUGAAGCUGGGGAGGCUGGCGUUUGAACAGCUGGAGAAAGGAAACAUCAUGUUCUACCAAGAAGACCUGGAGCGCUGUGAUCUGGAUGUCACAGAGGCCUCGCAGUACGCAGGAGUUUGUACACAGAUCUUCAAAAGAGAGAGUGUGAUCUUCCAGAAAACAGUCUACUGCUUCGUUCAUCUGAGCGUUCAGGAGUUUCUGGCUGCAAUCUACCUGUUCCACUGUUACACCGACAGGAACACAGAGGUACUGAAGGACUUCCUGGGAGAAGACUGGGAUGAUGAUGAUGAUGAUGAUGAUGAUGAUGAUGAUGAUGAUGAUGAUGAUAACUGGGAUGAGAAUGAAGAAGAUGACCAUUGCCCAUCCCUGAAUGUCUUCCUUAAGAGAGCCAUGGAGAAAUCCCUUGAAAGUAAAAAUGGCCACCUGGACCUGUUUGUCCGCUUCCUUCAUGGCCUCUCUCUGGAGUCCAACCAGAGACUCUUAGGAGGCCUGCUGGGUCAGACAGACAAAAGUCCAGAAAUCGUGUGGAGAGCCAUCAACAACCUGAAGGAGAUGAACAGUUAUGAUGAUGAUGAUGAGAUGAACAUGUAUGAGAUCUCUCCUGACAGAAGAAUCAACAUCUUCCACUGUCUGACGGAGAUGAACGACCACUCGUUCAAUAAGGAGAUCCAAGAGUUCCUGAAGUCAGAGAACAGAUCAGAGAAGAGACUCUCUGAGAUCCACUGCUCAGCUCUGUCCUACAUGCUGCAGAUGUCAGAGGAGGUUCUGGAUGAGUUGGACCUGGAAAAGUACAAAACAUCAUCAGAGGGACGACGGAGACUGCUUCCAGCUGUGAGGAACUGCAGAAAGGCUCGGCUUAAUAACUGUUUAUUCUCUGAGACUGACUAUGAAGUCGUGGCCUCAGCUCUGAAGUCCAAUCCCUCCCAUCUGAGAGAGCUGGACCUGAGUUACAACGACCUGCUGGAUUCAGGAGUGGGGUGUCUGUGUUCAGGACUGCAGAGUCCAAACUGUAGACUGGAGACUCUGAGACUUUCUUACUGUGGACUCUCUGAGGCUGACUGUGAAGUCAUGGCCUCAGCUCUGAAGUCCAAUCCCUCCCAUCUGAGAGAGCUGGACCUGAGUGCCAACGACCUGCUGGAUUCAGGAGUGGAGUGUCUAUGUGCUGGACUGCAGAGUCCAAACUGUAGACUGGAGACUCUGAGAUUGGUGUGCUGCGGUUUGUCAGAGAUCAGCUGUGCUUCUCUGGUCUUAGCUCUGAAGUCCAACCCCUCCUAUCUGAGAGAGCUGGAGCUGGGAGGAAACAUGCUACAGGAUUCAGGAGUGAAGCUGCUGUGUGGUUUUCUGGAGAGUCCAAACUGUAGACUGGAGACUCUGAGAUUGUGGGGCUGCAGAAUGUCAGAGAUCAGUUGUGCUUCUCUGGCCUCAGCUCUGAAGUCCAACCCCUCCCAUCUGAGAGAGCUGCACCUGAGUGAGAACAAGCUGCAGGAUUCAGGAGUGAAGCUGCUCUGUGGUUUUGUGAAGAGUCCAAACUGUCGACUGGAGACUCUGAGAUGGAAGUGAUCUGACUCAGAGUGAUCAGAAAGGAGGAUGUGUUGAGACCCGAUGUGGAGUCCGUCAUCAUCCCUGUGUGUUCCUCUGGAUCUGACAGAGUAUCAUCAGUGUAUCUGGACUGCUCUGCUGCUGCUCUGUCCUUCUACAGUCUCUGCAGACACACUGAGACUCCUCCACUCCUUCUGCUCCACACUUAGUCUCUAAUGUCCAGCUCUAUCUACACAGCACUAUGGAGGAAGGUCUGGCUACACAACAGAUGCAUUCUGGGAUAGGAG